AUGGCGGUGAAGGAUAUCGAGAAGUACUACGGCGCCCUCGAGAAGGCGGUGCAGUCCUAUCACCAGGAGAAGAUCGCUCAAAUCAACCAGAUCAUCUCCGAUCUCUGGCGCCAGACGUACCGCGGGAGCGAUAUCGAUACGAUCGAGAUUCGAUCCGAAUCGGAAACCGCCUCGGCGGUGAGCGGGCGGCGGAGUUAUAACUACCGCGUCGUGAUGAAGCGCGGGAACAGCGAGAUCGACAUGCGGGGGCGGUGCAGCGCCGGGCAGAAGGUCCUAGCCUCCGUGAUCAUCCGCCUCGCGGUGAGCGAGGCGUUUUGCUACGAAUGCGGGAUUUUAGCCUUGGAUGAGCCCACGACGAAUCUCGACGAGGAUAACGCCCGCUCCCUCGCGGCGGCGCUCCAGGCCUUGAUUCAAAUGCGCCGCGCGGUGAAGCACUUCCAGCUCAUCAUUAUCACCCACGACGAGCAGUUCGUGCGCGCGUUAGGGGCGCAGACCCUCGAUCGGUUUUAUUACGUCCGGAAGGAUCCGGAAGGGGUGUUCUCCGUCAUCGAGGAGCGCACCUUUGAUCAGCUCUUCGCGUAA